AUGAGUUGUAUGAACUAUGCUUCACGUUUGUCAAAAAAUGAAUAUAAAGGGCCACUAGGUGAAGAAGAAUUUUUUGAAGAUACUGAAGAAGAGAAAAAGAAAGUUAAGGAACUUAUAGAGAAAAUUAGAAGUAGUGAAUAUAUAGUUGUUCAUUCAGGUGCUGGCAUAUCAACUAGUUCAGGACUGCAAGAUUUUAGAGGUCCUACAGGAAUAUGGACAAAUGAACACCUUAACGAAUUAAAGAAUAAAAAAAAAAGAAAUCAUGAUUUUAAGGAUAACAAAAGAAAACUUAAAUCUAACGAUAUAAACUGCAAGAACACUUCAGAUAUGUGUAGUCCUUCCUUUUUUCAUAAGGAAAAGAAAGAGAAUACAUUAAAUAUUGUAAAAAGGGAAAGGUAUUAUAAUGAAGAUAAUGUAGAUAUGAAUGCGUGUAAUGAACGUGUUGUACAUCCUAACCAUGUAUAUGUUAAUCAUGAAGAUGAUAAUAAUAAUAAUAAUAAUAAUAAUAAUAAUGAUAAUAACUUGUACAAUAAUGUGUACAAUUCUGUAGGAUCGAAUGAUCAUACAAAUAAAGAAAGUAUUCUUAUUAAAAAAGAAAAUAAUUCAGAAAAUGUUAGGAAGGACAUACAUGAUAAGGUAAAUACAAAAAAUGUUAAAAAAAUAGAUGUUAAGGAAACAAAUAAUUUAGAUCCCGAAAAUUAUGUAAUUUUUGGGAAAAGGAAAAAAAAAGUUAUAGAACUUCAUUUAGCUUUACCAUCAAAAACUCAUAUUAUGAUAAAUGAAUUAAUAAAUAAAAAUAUAAUAAAAUUUAUGAUAACUCAAAAUAUUGAUUCUUUGCAUCAUCGAUGUGGGAAACACUUUUCUAAAACUGCAGAAAUUCAUGGAAAUAUUUUUACAGAAAGAUGUGAUUUUUGUGGUAGAAGAUAUUUAAGAGAUUAUCUCAUAUCUACUAUUAGUUUUAAACCAACUGGAUCUUUAUGUUUUUUGUGUUCAUUUCCUCCUAUUGGAGUAUGUACUGAUGUUUUAUUAGAUUGGAAUAAUUCUUAUGAAGAAUUUUUUCAUUUAAAUUCUAUAAAGCAUUCUCAAAUAGCAGAUUUUCAUUUUUGCUUGGGUUCUAGUUUUUACAUAGUCCCGGCUAGCUCUUAUCCAUCUAAAAAAAAAUAUGCUAAUGCAAAUUCCUACAGUUGUGUUAUUAAUUAUCAAAAAUCAUUUUUAUCAAAAGAAGUUAAUUUGAAUAUACAUUCAAAUGUGAAUAAUAUAUCGGAUAUAAUUAUUAAAGAGUUUUCUCUUAAUCCUUUGUCAAUAAGAAGUGCAAGGAUAACAAUCGUUAGGUGCCCAAUUAAUACAUUGGAUGUAAUAUGUGAUAAAUUAAUAUCAAUACACAAUAUUAAAAUGAAGCAUAAGAGCAUGAGACAACAUAGUAUCGAUUAUUCUCAAAUGGGGAAUAAGGAUGAAAAAUAUAAUAAUGAAAAAUAUGUAAAAAGAAAUAUGACUGAAUGUUUAUAUUAUAACAAGGAAGGUGAAUGUUAUGAAAAAAGGAAGUAUAAACUAAUGGAGAAAAAGUUUUUUCCUAAUAAUCAACAAAAUGAAUUUAUACCAAAUAGAAUAAACAUAUUUGAACAAAAAUUUCACGAGCACAACAACAACAACAACAACAAUAACAACAACAACAACAAUAACAACAACAACAACAACAACAACAACAACAACAAUAAUAAUAAUAAUAAUAAUAAUAAUAAUAGUAGCAGUAGUAUUGAUAGUAGUUGUAGUAUUAAUAGUAAUUAUCAUAUAUCUAAAAAUAUAAAUCCUGAUUUUUCUUUUGUUGAAAAUCAGUCCAAUAUUUAUGAGAACUAUAAGGAACAAACAUUUAUACUUAUAUGUCCCAUGAUAAUAAAUAUCAAAACUGUACGUUUAGAAAGUUUUCAUAAAGUAUAUAUAAAACUAUUGGAUGACAUUAAAGGUUUAUGGUUCAUAAAAACAAAUUUUUCUUGUAUUUUAGAAGUAGAAUUAUGGUAUCAUUCUUUUAUUUUAUUAAAAUUAGAUUUUAAUAAAAGUGAUCCUUUUAUUCAGUUGAAUGCGUGGAAUGUAAAUGUAGCAUAUACAUAUGGUGAUGACAUAGACGAUUUCGAUUAUUUCAAAAAUGAUGAGAACAUUAAGAAACCAUUUAAUUUAUAUAAAAAUAAAUAUAUUUCUAAUAUGAGAAGAGAAGGGCAUGUUAAUAAUUUGUAUACAUUGGAUAAUGAAAAGGUAAAAAGUAAUACCAGUAAUAACAAUAAUAAUAACAAUAAUAAUAAUAAUAAUAAUAAUAAUAAUAAUAAUAAUAAUAAUAAUAAUAAUAAUAAUAAUAAUAAUAAUAAUAAUAAUAAUAAUAAUAAUAAUAACAAUAAUGAUAAUAAUAAUAAUAAUAUUAGCGAUCAUAACAUUUAUGAUGAUCAUAAUAAUAAUAAUAAUAAAAAUCAUAAUAAUUAUGAUAAAGACAAUUCAAAUGAAUCAUAUUACUGUUCUGAAAUAUUAAAUGAACAUGUACAUGUAGGUUAUAACCCUAAUAAUUAUGAACCCAAUUGUAAAGUAUAUAUUUUAGCAUAUUUGGAUAAUUUAAGAACAAGGAAUAUAAAUAAUAAUGUUAAUAAUAAUAAUUUUAGUCGCUUUAAUUUAACACAAUCAUGCAAAUUGUUAUACAACAUAUAUUGUGUGCUUAAUAAAGAUAAUGAACAAAAGAAAAACAGUACUAUAAAAGAAACAUAUGAUAAACUGGAUUAUUUUAUAAAAAACUUUGAUUUCAAUAGAGAUAGUUGCUUAUAUACAAAUAAUUUUAUAAAUAUGCUUAUACAAAAUGAACGUCAUGGUAAUCAAAGUCGCUAUAAAUUUAGAGAAAGAAGAAAGAGACUUUUAAAUGAUUACAGUUCAUGUUCUUCUGAUGAUGAUCAGAGUGGAAAAAAUAUUUUCAUUUUUUAUAAUUUAUAUAUGAAUCAAUAUAAGAAAAAGGAAGAUAAUGAAAUAAAUGAUAUAUAUAAAAAAUAUGAUGUUCAUGAGAAAAAUAUAUAUGAUGAAUCAAAACAAUAUGUGCAUAAAGUUAGAGUGAGAACUGAUCUAAUUAAUCAUAAAUCUGUUUACAAAAUAUUAAAGAAUAACUAUUUGGUGAAUAUUAACAAUAUGAAACUAAUGGAAAAAAAAAAUAAUUCAGAAAAGUUGUUCUUGAUAAAUGACAAGGAUAAUAAUAGUCUCCUUUCUAUUAACAAUAAAGAAAAUUUUAAUUGUAUACCCUCUCGUCAAAACAAUGUAAAGAAAAAUAGUGAAUACAUGCAUGAGGAAGAAAAUAAUAAAACGAAUUCUAACGAAAAUAUAGCACGAUUGAAUAAUAAUGAUUUCAUACAGGUUAUGGAAACUGAAAAGCAAAAGAAGUACAAUUCUUUUGAUAAAUAUAAUAGUGAUAGAUCUUCAAUAAAUGAUACAUUUGAUGAAAUAAAAUAUAAUAAAAAUAAUGAUAAUAAUAAUGAUGAUAAUAAUUAUGAUGAUAAUAAAAAUGAUGAUGAUAAUAAUAAUGAUGAUAAUAAUAAUAAUGAUGAUAAUAAUAAUAAUGAUGAUAAUAAUAAUAAUGAUGAUAAUAAUAAUGGAUAUAUAUAUUCUCCAGUUCUUUUCAUAAAUAAAAAAUUUAAACUCGGAGAAUUGGUAUAUAAAAUACCAAAAUAUGUAAAGCCACAAAAAAUUUAUACUCCUUAUAAAAAAAUUUCAAGAAAUAAAAAAUAUUCUAAUACACUUCAAAAGGAUAGAUAUGAAAAAUGGAAAAUGUUAUAUGAAGAAUUGAUUAAUAAUGAAAAUAAAACAUAUAUAAUAGAUUCAGUUCUCUAUAAAGAAAUAAGUUAUUUACCUUAUUGGAUCCUAAAUUAUGUAAAUGAUUUAUUUGAAUGUAUGUAA